AAUAACGUCAAAUCCAGGGGCAUUUCUCUAAUCACAGUUACCAGUCGAAGGCUAGCCUAUGAUAUUUAAUCGCUACUGUGAUAAUCGUUUCAGAUCCGUGGAUUCCUCUUCUCCAUUUCGUUGGCAAUUUAAUCCAGAUUAUUCAAAAAUCGGAAGCGCAAACAACCAUCACAACUUCUCUUCACUUUCUCAGAUCUGACAAUCUCUUCUCCACUGCUUCGCAGUCAAUUUUCUCUUUCAGUUUCAGGAAUAUCUGGAAAUUAAUCGAUGUUCUGAUUGGAUUUAUCACGAAGAAGAUCAUCCAGUAGUUUUUCAUGCAUUUUGCUGCAGUUCGGAGCUUAAAGUUGGGAUCUUUAACCGUGGAUCUGCUGUGUUGGUUCGUAGAAUCGGCAUAACUCGGAACAAGUAGUCGUUGUUUAAUUCAGUGAUGGAGACUCUCGUUUUUGUGGCUCAACAUAAGAAUCAAUAUUAUGGCAAGGUCAAGCCAAACGGGUCGGGUCGAUACGGGUCAUCACCGUCAAAAAACUUCAGAGAUGUUAACUGUAGAGCUUUCGAAUCCAGAGCAGGUAUACUUCCAACCCCGAUCAAGACUUUUUCUGCUCCUGUGACCAAACGAUCCUCGUCUUUUGUUUCGUUUAAUUCUUCAUCUUCGCCUAAAACACCACCAUCAAGUGUUAAUGGGAACUCGUACUCUCUGGACAACAACACAACGAAAUCGAAGACCAGUGCUAGAAGCAACCCGAUUGCUAUCAACAUGAAUACUCCAAGAAAUGAGAGACCUUUCACUGGGGAACUCCUUGGUGAGUUUGAAUCCUUCUCAUUGUCUGAGCUGUGGGCUGGGCCGGCAUACUCCAACUCACCACCGCCGAGCUCUUUGCCGAUUCCCAAGUUUUCCAUGCGCCCCAAACGCACUGUUUCUCUUGAUUUGCCGGUAGUGGCUGAUGAGACUGCUGUUGAAAUGGAUCGCCCAGUGGCUAAAUCUGCACCUUCAUCACCAACCAGGGAGCUUAUUGGUUGUACUAGGGAUAUAUUUCUUAGUGCUGACUCUGCGACAAAGACUCUGCGUCGCAUUCUUAAUCUUGACAACGUUGAUGAAUGAAGUAGAAGGAGCUUUUUGUGCUCCUGCAAAUAACUUUAGUUUUCAAAGUGGGUAGUGUUAGAUUGUAUAUACAGUAGAAGAAAAUAAAGAGUUGGGUUAGUAGUGGAAGUUGAUAUGCGGUCGUUUUUUCAUCUUUUGAUUUGGGUUGGUAGUUUGAGUCGUUUGGGGUUCUGUGUUGUUUGUGUUGGUGUAGUGGAUGGCUCUGGUGGGUCAACAAUCUCCAGAUUUUUCAUUUGAGAUUGAUGUGGAGUUAGGCAAAGUUACUAUAUCAUGGUGUGGCUACACGGAUGGAAGUUGACUUGAAUGGGAAGCAGGAGGAUGAGAUUUUAUGUUGAGGUGAAUGCAUGUUUGGCGUGGGAUGGAGCAAUUAACUACUAUCUAAGCUAUUGGGCUUGAAGGAAAUUAUAUCUUUGAUAGAUUUGGAAUCUAUGAUGACAACAUGUCAUUAUAAUAUAAUCUUCAGGGUCGAGCUGUUGAUUCUCACAGUUAUGGACUCGAGCAAAAGUACUUAGGCCUCUAGUAUUAGAUAACAUGUAUAUACUGAAGAAUCUUGAUUAGACCAUUCACAAGUUCCUUAGAUCUCUGUUUAUUCUUGUUAAUUCAUCUCUAUCUUCUUGAUUUCGAUUUCAAAACCCUUUCUUUUUCUAUCUGAUCUCUUACUUCGAUUAGGCUUUUUGUUUCUUAGUAACUGUCUCAAUUGGCAACUUAUAUGAUCCUUAUAUUUUAACUCUUCCUCUUGGUUUAACCUUCCCUCACUUAGAUGCCCAGCAAUCAAGCAUCUCUUCUUUUAUACUCACAAUUUCUUAACAUCUCUUUUUCCUGUUGAAUCUAAAUCCUUUGUAUACAUGUGUUUCUUCCCCUUCACCACUUUUUCGUGUUUUUUGAGAGUGAAAAGUGGGAGGGGGAACUGAAAGUAGUUAUUUGCCACCUCUGCUCCUUUAAGUUAAGCUCAAUCCGUGUUGCUUUAUCCUUACCACUAUUAGUUUGUUGUUCUUCUGAGUAGAAACACUACUUUUCUACCGCUCUUCAGAAAGCUUAUUUUCCUUGGAGAUUGUUGACUGGUGCCAAGCCAUUUACAAGGGUACCAUUGUGAGAAGUGUUUGGCAGGCUUUCUCAGGACUGGAACAUGUUGAUCAUAGUUGUAGUCUCGACUGUUAGUCUCACAUGGAGCUGUAUGCUGUGUCUGUGUCUUUCUUGUAAUGAACUGUAAGCAGUUCCUGUGAUUUCAUGUAAUCAAGAUAUGCUGUUUCCAAUAUACGCAUUCUCCUUUUCUUGUCACCUGUGUCAUAAGAGUGUUUGUUAUCUUUGUACCAAGAGUCUCAUCCAUCAGAGGAGUCAAUAUCUAGUGUCAGACUAAGAUGAUCACUCUUCUUAUUGAGUUAAUCAAUAUGUUGUGUCAGACUUGUUCACCCUUCGUGAUUGCAUGAUGUCUUCUGAUAAACAAUGUUAAUGCUUCUGUAGUAAGAUUUAAAUGAAAGUUUGUAACCUGUGUUGAAUGUUAAUGCAUAUAUAGUUUAAUUAAAAUGAA